GACAUUUCGAAUAAAUUCAUCAAAAUAUUUUUGAAUAAGUGUGGAAUAAGUGAUAACUAUUAGAUAUCAUAAGUUCUGGAAUAAGUUUUACAAUUAAAUGAUCAAUAUUAAUAUAAAGACAUGUUUUAGGUCAUUUUUGUAAUGUUUACUUAAAAAACAUACGUUUUACACAGGAUACGAAACUUAAAAACUUAUUCAUAAAUAUCUUGUCUACAUGUAAUUUGUAGUUUAUUUUUUAUAUCAUCAUGAUAGAAUUAGCAGCGAGACUUACUACAGGAACAGUAUACCUAGCUGGUGAAGCUCUUGAGUGUUGUAUUACGUUUUCCCACGAAACCCAACCUGAACAUCGUGAUUCACAGAGCCAUAGCGAUAUUUUAGAGAACUUAGCAUGGGCAUCUGCACAAAUACACUGCUUUUUCUCAACAUCCAAAAAUACAAACGAAAAAACACAAUCUGUUGAAAAAACUACAGCAUUAGAAGUGACAUCAUGUGAUAUAGGAGAUGUUGUAUUUCACACCAAGCCAAAAAUUCUGUUUUGUGACUUAACAAUACCAUUGGGAGAGACCAAAACAUUUUGGUAUAGAGAAUCUUUACCAAUAGAAGCACCACCAUCAUACAGAGGGAAUUUAGUGAAGUAUUCAUAUAAAGUUACCAUUGCUACACAGAAGGUUGGUUCACACAUAAGGAUGGCAAGAAUACCAUUCAGAGUGUUGCCAAUUAGUCCAAUAAUGAAUAUGCAGGAUUUAGCUGCACUCUGUGGCAAUGAAACAACAGAUGAAUUACAACCCACUAAUCCAUUUUCUGAGGAAAGGAAAGUAGAGACCCCUUUGACCAUGGCUUUGCAAGUUCUGCAGAAUCUUACAGCAAGGAGAAGCCCCAAUUCAUACAUGAUAACCAACACAAGAGGUAAAAUAGGGAGAUUUUGUUUAUUCAAGUCUGCUUACAAACUGGGUGAAGAUAUUGUUGGAACAUUUGAUUUUUCAGUAGGAUCUGUUACAUGUAUGCAGGUAUCAGUAUCAUUACAACCUGAAGAAGUUAUGAAAAAGAGAACGCCCACAAAUAAUACCACCAAGGAUACAAGUAGCAGAUCAAUGACUGUAGCGAGAUAUCAUGAGGUCACAUUGGGUCUCACUCAUUCACAACUAAUUCUGCCUAUUCCUCUACAUAUCACACCAGCUUUUGACACUGAAGAAGUAUCUUUAAGUUGGCGAUUGCACUUUGAGUUUGUAACAACCCAUGAAAAGUUGCUGCCUUCUCCAGAUGACAAAGAUUGGAAUGCACCAUUAAAUGUGCCAAUAGAGACAAUGGUCUGGAAUUUACCUGUGAAAAUAUAUUCUACACUACCCAAACAGAUUACCCAACCUGUUGGAAAUGAAGCUUAUAAAAUGUUCAUAAAAUAAAUGACAUGUUAAUGUUAUAGUUUGUUAUAGACAAAUAAUAAGUGUAAUUAUGAAGAAACAAAUGGUGUAUUAUAUCUAUAUAUAUAUGAAAAUAUAUUAAAUCAAAUUAUACUAACAACUAACAGGGACUGGUUCCAUGUCUUUCAAUAAAAAAAUUAAUAUAUUAGUAUUAUGGUAUGAAAUAAAUAAUAAAAACAUUUCAUUAAU